AGCUCCCGGGACCAGCCGGCAGCGAUGUCCGUCGCAGGCUUGAAGAAGCAGUUCCACAAGGCCACUCAGAAAAUAAAUGAGAAGGUCGGUGGAGCAGAAGGAACCAAACUAGAUGAGGACUUCAAAGAAAUGGAAAGGAAAGUUGAUGUCACCAGUAGGGCUGUGAUGGAAAUAAUGGCCAAGACAAUAGAGUACCUUCAACCAAAUCCAGCUUCCAGAGCUAAACUCAGCAUGCUCAACACCAUGUCUAAAAUUAGAGGCCAAGAGAAAGGACCCGGUUAUCCUCAAGCUGAGGCUCUGCUAGCAGAUGCAAUGCUGAAGUUUAGCAAAGAACUUGGAGAUGAAUGCAACUUUGGCCCAGCUCUGGGGGAUGUUGGGGAAGCUAUGAGAGAACUUUCUGAAGUGAAAGAUUCACUGGACAUUGAUGUGAAACAAAAUUUUAUUGAUCCCCUUCAAAAUCUUCAUGAUAAAGACCUGCGAGAAAUUCAGCAUCACCUUAAAAAACUGGAGGGCAGACGCCUGGACUUCGAUUACAAGAAGAAAAGGCAAGGCAAGAUCCCUGAUGACGAGCUCCGUCAAGCUCUGGAUAAGUUUGAUGAGUCAAAGGAAAUUGCUGAGUCGAGCAUGUUUAAUCUGCUAGAGAUGGAUAUUGAACAAGUGAGCCAGCUUACUGCACUUGUACAAGCCCAGCUGGAGUACCACAAGCAAGCCACCGAGAUCUUACAACGAGUUAAUUCCAAGCUGGAAGAGAGCAGAAUAAAAGAGGCAUCAAUACAGCCCAGAAGAGAAUACCAGCCAAAACCCCGCAUGAGUUUGGACUUUGGAAGCAAUGAAAAUUCUCAGCACAAUGGAGGGAUAUCUCAUGCCACCACCCCUAAGCCAUCAGGUGCUGCUAUGGACCAACCAUGCUGUCGAGCUCUCUAUGAUUUUGAUCCAGAAAAUGAAGGGGAGCUGGGCUUUAAAGAGGGUGAUAUUAUUACCCUUACUAACCAGAUUGAUGACAACUGGUAUGAAGGUAUGCUUAAUGGCCAGUCGGGCUUUUUCCCCAUCAAUUAUGUGGAAAUUCUGGUUUCUUUGCCUCAUUAGGAUGGCUGAGUUACCUUGUCUUGAGUUCCCCAACCCAAAAAAAAGUCAUCUGUUGAUACCACUGCUUAUAAAAAUAAAUAAAAUGAAUAAAUAAAAUGGCUGCUUACUCCACGUCACAAGUCCAAGCUGCAGUGGUUUAAAAAAAGUCACCAGGCCCCACAGACAAUCCUUGGUUUUCGUG